ACCUCCAAGAUAUCAGACUUCUCGGCAUCAGUUAAGCCCAAAACCCUCCUCCUAGUUAAGGUAGCAACCCCAUACAUGGCAUCUUCUCUGACCUUUACGGUGAGCCGAAGGGAGCCAGUGCUCGUUGCACCAGCGAAGCCCACACCGCGCGAGUUCAAACCCCUCUCAGACAUCGAUGACCAGGAGGGCCUGAGGUUUUACAGCUCCGGUUUCCAUUUCUACUGCAACGAUCCCUCCAAGGAGGGACGGGACCCGGCAAGAGUCAUAAAGGAGGCCCUUGGGAAGGUCCUCGUGCACUACUAUCCCAUCGCUGGCCGGCUCCGGGAAUGGCCAGGGAGGAAGCUGGUGGUGGAGUGCACCGGCGAAGGGGUGGUGUUCGUGGAGGCCGACGCCGAUGUCCGGCUCGAGGAGUUCGGCGAUGCACCCAGUCCACCCUUUCCUUGCGUGGAGAAGCUGCUCUACGAUGCGGAUAGCUUGGGAAGCGUCCUCGACUGCCCCUUGCUCUUUGUUCAGGUGACGCGACUCAAGUGCGGAGGCUUCAUCUUUGGUCUGCGGAUCAACCACACGAUCAUGGACGCACCGGGGGUGGUGCAGUUCCUCACUGCCCUGGGCGAGAUGGCGCGCGGGGCAGCUGCCCCUACCGUGCCGCCCGUGUGGGAGAGAGAGCUGCUCACCGCCCGCUUCCCCCCUCGCAUCACCCACGUCCACCCGGAGUACGAGUUCUCGGCUGCCACCGACGUGAUGACUACCGUCCCCCGGUCAGACAUGGUGAACCGCUCCUUCUUCUUCGGCCCCAAGGAGAUAUCCGCUCUAAGGAAGUACGCGCCCCCGCACCUGCGCCCCACCAGCUCCAGGUUUGAGCUGAUCACCGCAUCCGUCUGGCGGAGCCGCACCGCCGCCCUCGGCUACGACCCCGACGACGAGGUCCGCGUCCUCUUCGUCGUGAACGCCCGCGGGCGGCGCAGCCCACCCCUGCCGUCGGGGUACUACGGGAACGCGCUGGCAUUUCCGGUGGCCUCGUCGGCGGCGGGCAGGCUGAUGCGGAGCCCGCUGGGGUACGCACUGGAGGUGGUGAAGAAGGCCAAGGCGAGCGUGACGGACGAGUACAUGCAGUCGGUGGCGGACCUGAUGGUUGUGCGGGGGAGGCCGCACUUCGCCAUGGCUCGGACCUACCUCGUGUCGGACGUGACCCGGGCGGGCUUCGAGGCGGUGGAUUUCGGGUGGGGGGAGGGGGUCUACGGCGGCCCCGCCAGUGCUGGGGUCGGGGCGGUGCCCGGGGUGGCCAGCUUCUACAC